UGAAAGCUCCACAAAUGGAACUUUCCGUGCGAGUCUUCGUAGUAUUCUUCAUAUCAACUGGAUUUUUCUUCCUCUUGUUUGAAAUGUUUUCGUCUUCAGAAGUUAUGCAUGUGCAACCUGUCAAUAAUAAAGGAUCUUCCGAUUCAGCGAAACAAACAAUGGACGAAAUACCUACUGUUAUUCAGAACAAUUACAACUCGUCCCAGAAAAACAAAAGGGGCGAAUUACCUACUGUUAUACAGAAAAAUUACAACUCGUCCCAGGAAAACAAAAAAGAAUACAGAAUAUUGUGGUACAAUAUACCAUUUUAUCUAGUGGAUAGUUUUAAUUAUGCAAAUUCUAAAAAAUGUAAGAAGCAUCCUAAUUGCUUGUUUACAAAGAAUUCAAGAGAUCUACAGAAAAGUGACGUUGUAUUGUUUACACAUUCUACCAUGGGAGGUAACCCGCCUCCUAAGAAACCCAAUCAAAUGUGGAUAUUUAACACAAUGGAGAACACAGCAUUCAUGUCGAAACCCUCAAAAAGCUAUGAAGCUAAAUUAGAUUGGUUAAUGUCAUACCGGAGGAAAUCAGAUAUAUACAGGCCUUAUGGGACCUUGAUAAGACGGACUAAACCUUUAGAAAAGGAUUAUUCGGAAGUGUUUAAGAAGAAGAAGAAACUGGGUGUCUGGAUGUCUGGGCAUUGUCCUGUGCCAUCUAAUCGAAGAAAUCACAUAAAAGAACUGAAAAAGUAUAUAGAAAUCGAUAUGUUUGGGACGUGUGGAAAUGGCGAAUGCUUAAUUCGAACACCAUUUAUAACAGAGUGUUUGCGAAACUUUUCUCGGGACUACAAAUUUUACUUUUCUUAUGAAAAUAAUAUUUGUGAAGACUAUACCACUGAGAAAACUUACAACAUGUAUUUGGAAAAUCUAAAUAUGGUGCCUAUUAUAAAUGGCCCAUCAUCGGCGCCCGAGUAUUUACCUAAAGGUUCGUUUAUAAGUGCUUUGGAUUUUCCGUCGCCUAAGGCCUUGGCAGAGAAAAUCAAAGAAAUAGCCUCCAAUGAAGCUUUGUUUACGCAGUACCUAAAAGAAAAAGACAAGUAUUAUGAAAUUGGUAUUCAUGAGGUGUUUCUAAAUUCCAUGUGCCAGAUAUGUGACAUUUUGGAUAAAACAAAUGGAAAACCUGAGCGACCCAAAGGAACCAUUAUGCAGCGCUAUUUUUCUCAUGGCGAAUGCUGAUUUGUGCUCACGAAA